GCAUUAGGAAGCUGGGCCCCAAAGUGGCGCCCAUGGCACCUGGCGAUGAUGGCCUAUGGCGACCUCGCUGUCAAUCGUUCCCAGCCUCGCCGCCCCUCAGCAGACCAGCCUCUGCGCCCUGCCUGCGUGCGGAGAAAGUCGUGAGCCCAACGCGCAGCACCCGGAGCACCCGAUCACUGCUGAGGAAAGGCGGCUUCAGCGGGUUGGCAGAAGCGACCUCCAAACCUCUGUCCGAUGCCAAAACCUUACACCCAUCGAAAUUGGCCAAGAGCCGCAGUGCCAGUGCCUCAAAAGUGGCCGAACAAAUGCAGAAAGUGGCUCCACCUGGCCGAACGAUACCUCGAGGUAUAUUGGUCUCCAAGACCAGCACGGGCCAAGAAGAUAGAUAUUCCAAUCGAUGGAAGGCAUGUGGUUGCUAUGCCCACCUGGCAGCUGCGAAUUCCAUGCAAACUCAGAGGCGUGCUUCGGAUAUCCGGCAGAUGCUGCAGGACAAGUACAACCGCCAAUUGAGCGGGAACUUGUAUCAGGCAUAUCGCAAAAUGGCUCAUUAUUCCAACGCAGUUGACCCUCAUAGCAAGUGUGUGUACCCACACCAUUUGGCCAUUUUCAUUGGCGAGUUGGGGGUCCCUGUGACUGAAAAGGAUGCUUGCAUUCUGUUGCACAGGGAAGUCUCGGCAAAAAGUUUGAAUCAACCCUUUGGAAUGGCAACCUUCCAUGCAGUGGCUACUGGCCAGUCGUUGCAGAAAUCGAAGAGUUUCACCACUUCUCGGGUUCGUAUGAUUUGAUCCCGAAGCUGGAUCAGCCAUGGCUUUGACUGCCAUAAGAGCAAAUGCCGUACACCAGAGACGAGAAGAACAUGUGUGAAACAGGUGCCGGAUGGUGCCGGUGAAU